AAGACGGUCACGUGCAUGUCGUCGAGAAUCUGGCAAAUCUCAAUCAUCACUUUUGCGGCAAGUUUUUACACGAGAUCGCCAGAUGUCACAUUGGGGAGCAUUACAGAUCAUGGCACAAACUGUCUUCAUGAUCCUGUCUUGCUUCUUUCAUGGGCCGAAGGGUCGAAGCAUUGAAAAAAAUUGUCUCUAAGCCGACGAACUGUAUCAAGAAGUUCCAGCCCUUUCCAGCCGCUUGUAUUCAGCUGUUCUGAGUAGCGACUGGUUCGGGCCUGGUCGGAGGGUCUUCUGCACGUCGCAUCGCAUCGACCGACCAGGGUUGGACGGAUGGCCACGGGUCCCGGGCCUGACAACAGUGCAUCGGAUCUGGAGACUGCUUCCAUAACUCCGACCCCACAUGCUCGUCUGCCAGUCGGAUCCUCGAGGACAAAAAAAUUCCCCGAUCAAGGGCUCUGAGUGAGGACGGCCGCUGGUGUCGGGCGGGCGGGCACCAAGCCAGUGUACGGCCACGUGACACUACGUAAUCCUGCUUUAACUGCAACCAAAGCGCCGCAAAGAAGCGCUAGAGGUUUUCUCUGCUUACAGAUGGCAGUCUGGUCCUAGAUCGACAUCAUAUGCUUUUUGGACAUCGUUUCGAGAUUCGAUCGGUAUGGCCGUGCGGGCCCAACGCACGCAACCCCAGCUUCCUCGGGCGGGCGGAAGAUCUUGUCGGCGGUUUCUCUUGCCACCGGCUCGGUUCAAUUCCCCCCAGUCCAUGUGGCACUCUGAAAUGGCCGCAAAAGCUCUCUUCUUCCUCCCGCUGGGAAUCGCAUUGGCGUCGUCGACUCUCCCACCGUACACCGAUGGAGCCGGACAUGACGUCUCAUCUCCGUACGAUUACCAGCGAGCUGCGUCGACAGAAUGGGCCGCUUUUGAUGCAAGACUUCCAUCUCGUCGACGCGUUGACCCACUUUGAGCGCGAGCGUAUCCCGGAACGGGUUGUUCACGCAAAGGGCAGCGGCGCCCAUGGAUACUUCGAGGUCACCCGGGACAUCCAGAACCUGACGAUGGCUGCGCCGUUCUCCGACGGGGUCGGCACCAAGGUUCCUCUGACGAUGCGCUUUUCUACCGUCGCGGGCGAAAUGGGCUCCCCUGAUACGAAUCGGGAUCCUCGAGGCUUCGCCAUCAAGAUGCGCACCUCCAAGGGUAUCUGGGAUUGGGUGUUUAACAACACCCCGGUCUUUUUCCUGCGGGAUCCGACCAAAUUCCCCUUGUUCAUUCACAGUCAAAAACGGGACCCGCGUACCAACCUGCGGGAUCCCACUCUGCAAUGGGACUACUGGUCGACCAACCAGGAAUCGCUCCAUCAAGUUAUGAUCCUCCUCUCCGACCGCGGCACACCGAGAUCGUGGACUGAGAUGCACGGAUGGAGCGGACACACCUACAAAUGGGUGACUGCUAGCGGGUCGUGGCACUAUGUCAAGGUCAAGAUUAUCACGCAGCAAGGCCUGAACAACCUGAACGCGACCGAGGCGUUGGCUCUGGCAGCGAGCAACCCCGACCACAACACACAGGACUUGAUGGAACGGAUCGCCGCUGGAAAGUUCCCGACCUGGACGGUUGCCGUCCAGACGAUGACAGCUGCCCAGGCAAAGGCUUUCAAGUACGAUGUGAACGACCUCACCAAAAGCUGGCCCGAAGACCAGUACCCUCUCCUCGAAGUGGGCAAGAUCGUGCUUAACAAGAACCCGGAAAACUGGUUUGCUGAGAUCGAACAACUGGCUUUCUCGCCCGCACAUAUGCCAUUCGGGGCUGAACCGUCUAACGACCCUGUCCUGCAAGCCCGCAUGUUUGCCUACUCGGACGCCGCCCGCCACCGCCUCGGCCCCAACAACCUGCAGAUCCCGGUCAACUGCCCCAUGCAAGUGCAGAACUUCCAGCGAUCGGGCUUCAUGCACGUCGACCCUGGUGCCGGGACUCUCCCCGCCGGAUCGCCGAACUACCCGUCGACGUACGCCCCGCCUGUGUCCUACCCCGCUCGCCCGUACAACCUGUCCGCUAUCGCCGAUCCGCUGGAUGGGACUGUGACGCUGGGCUCGUUCAAGAUGACUAUGGCUGAGUACGAGCAGCCCAGAGCAGUUUACAACGAUGAUUUCAGCCAGGCCGAACGGGACUCGCUGGUCACCAAUGUCAUCAACGCCCUGAACGCAGUCACUGUUCCGGCUGUGCGACAACGCUCUGUCGACAUGUUCGCCUGUGUUGAUGCCACUCUAGGCAACAAGAUCGGCCAAGGGGUCCACAUGACAGUUUCCUCGCCUCUCAAGUGCGCGCAAUGAUAGUCUAUUUAUUAGUCUGUGUGUAUUACAAAUCGGGUCUCUUAAUGCAUUCAAUUUAAUGGCGUUCUACUG